CGCGCAUGUUUGCGCCUGCCUGAUAUGCUGUGAACACGGAAGUGAAACAACUUGUUGCCCCAGAUUCAGUCAUUGAUUCAUCUGCACAAACAUGAGUGUCUCAAAUAUAGUCUUAAUCUGGUUUAUGUCUUCAUUAGUCCCAGCUUCGGCGCUGGACAAUGGUCUGGCUUUAACUCCCACCAUGGGCUGGUUACACUGGGAGAGAUUCAUGUGCAACAUCGACUGUGACGCGGAUCCUCAGAACUGCAUUAGAGAGGAGCUAUUCAUGGAGAUGGCAGAUGUGAUGGUAAAAGAAGGAUGGAAGGAUGCUGGAUAUGAGUUUGUGUGCAUUGAUGAUUGCUGGACCUCACACAGGAGGGACGCCCAGGGGCGUCUACAGGCUGAUCCCAAGAGGUUUCCUAGUGGAAUCAAAAAACUGGCAGAUUAUGUCCAUGCUAAAGGGCUGAAGCUGGGAAUAUAUGCAGAUUCUGGCACAAGAACAUGUGAAGGCUAUCCUGGGAGUUUGGGCUACUAUGACAUCGAUGCUAAAACGUUUGCAGACUGGGGUGUGGAUCUGUUAAAAUUCGAUGGAUGCUUCAUGCCUGACUGGCAUCAACUGGGUGAAGGUUAUACAAACAUGUCGAGAGCUCUAAACCAGACAGGCAGAAGUAUUGUUUACACCUGUGGAUGGCCAUUAUAUGAGUGGCAACAUCAACAGCCUGACUAUCAGGCAAUUGGCAAGACCUGUAACCACUGGCGUAGCUAUGAAGACAUUUACGACCAGUGGAGCAGUGUGAAGAGCAUCCUGGACUGGACAGCUGAUCAUCAGAAGAUCCUGGUCCCUGUGGCAGGACCAGGUGGAUGGAAUGAUCCCGACAUGCUAAUCAUAGGGAACUUCGGCCUGAGCCACGAUCAGCAGCAGACUCAGAUGGCCUUGUGGGCUAUCAUGGCUGCCCCACUUCUGAUGUCCAACGACCUGCGAAACAUUUGUCCUAAAGCCAAAGAACUGCUGCAAAACAAACAGAUCAUUGCCAUCAACCAGGAUCCUCUGGGCAAGCAGGGCUAUCGCACCUUAAAGGGUGACAAUUUUGAGGUGUGGGAACGACCCUUGUCAGGCAACAGGCUGGCCGUGGCAGUGAUGAAUAGACAGGAGAUUGGUGGUCCACGCAGAUUCAUCAUUUCUGUAGCGAUGCUGCCUAGUUGGCAGCUCUGCAACCCAAAGUGCAAUGUAACACAGAUCCUGCCUGUGUACAAGGAAAUAGGUGUCCAGAAUCUGUUUUCAGAGGUGAUGGUACAAGUCAAUCCUACAGGCACAACACUUCUCACUGUCAGCCCUAUCAAGAGCAGUCCUCAUGACACCCUUUGACAUGACUUGGAAAGCAAAACUUUUCAAAGAAAUGGGAAAUGUAUUAUUGCACUAAUUAAGAGUUAAACUUAAUGAUAUUUUUGUUAAUACCUUUUUUUUCCUUUUAAAUAAUGCUGUAGUAUAUAUAUAU